UUCGGCGCUUAGCGGCGACAUUACCAUAAUAUUAAUUUACGAUAUCUCAGUUUACCUAACAUUCUUUAGAACUCAAAUAUAGAGAGCUAUUAUAUAAUGCCUAUACUAGUUAAGGAUUAUACGUGGACCCAGUCAUGUAGUAUUAUAAAUAUACGAAUUCCGUUAGAGCCUGUGUAUCGAGAGAAAGUCGAUCUGUUCACUACCGACAAAUAUGUUAAAGCCCACUUUAGCCCAUUUCUCUUCGAAAUAUUUUUACUGCAUGAAGUGGACAGUACUAAGGGUAAAUGCAUUAUCAGUGAAGACCUGAUUCUUCUAGAAUUACAUAAAAAAGAAGAAGUGGAAUGGAAGAGCCUUGAAAAGGUUCUCUCUAAAGAAGAAAAAUUCAAACUCCGCAAUGAGAUUUUACUGGAAUGUCAAGAGAAAGCAGUUAAGGAAUCUGAAGAGAGAGCGAUAAGAAAAAGUCAACUAGAUAGGUUUACCGUACAAAAAGCUAUGGAUAUCGAUAGUCAGCAGCAUGCACUCAUAGACGCUAGACGGGACGAGGAACGCAAUAAAGUCAUGAAUGAUUUAGAAACGUGGCGCAGUGAAACAACAGGUGGAAAGUAUAAUAAAAUAUCUAGUCGUGUGAUUGAUAACACUAAAGAUAUGAGAACUAGUGCCAAAAUAAUUGAACUUACUGACGAUCUCGAAGAUAACAGUUCGAGUGCCAAGAUCACUGAAAUAGAGAACGUUGCACUAGAAAGAAAAGUUCGUAAUAAGAAAUUAACGAAAUCAUCUAAAACACUUAUACGCUCCGAGUAUGUUGAUAAGAAAAAGGAAGAAAUCACUAAACGAGUUUUACCAAAAUUGAGAGAGACAGCUCAAUUAGAGAUUAAACAUACACCGAGGUAUUUUCCUACGCCAAGCCGUGAAUCAGCUGCUCGCGAAGAGGAAGCCUGGUUAAAAAAUAUAACACUUGCUAGACGGGCCACAGGCUUCGUAUCGGAGGACCUACGUCCGGAAGAGCAAGACCCGCAGUGGUGUAAGGAGAAAGGAGACGAGUUCUUUCGAAACGGGAAUUUUCUGGGAGCAAUCAGUGCUUACACACAUGGCAUCACGCUAUCGGAUAAACUUCCGACGUUAUUUGCGAAUAGAGCUGCGACUCAUUUUGCUUUGGGAAAUUUUAACAAAUGCGCCAACGACUGCUCCACCGCCCUGGAGCUGAUGGUGCCCGCCUGCGAGGGCAACCGACUCAGUCGUGGCAAGUGCUUGGCGCGCCGGGCAGCCGCGCUGACGCGUCUGGGAUACCUCAGCAAAGGCAUCGAUGAAAUGAAGGCAGCGGCCAAACUGCUGCCUGAUGACGAAGGUAUCCGGAGGGACCUCUACGACAUGGAGCGGGCGUGGGAACAAAACCCAGAUUCUGAUUGA